ACCGCCAGUAACAGAGUAAUCACUAUCACUCCAAGUGAAAUGCAACUAUGAAUAAUAGAAAUUAAAAGGGGUCUGAUUAUCGUGUUGUUUACGAGUGCGCUCCAUGUUAAAAUGAUAAAAGUGCCGUAGAUAUUUACAUUGCUGUAGUCGGGGUUCGUACUGCGCGUCGAGUGCACGACACCGCGAGACCAAACGUGAUAACUGUGAGAUCGGCCACUUCAAAAUGGAGUUGAACUUUAUAACAACAUUAAUAAAACACGAUGUGAAUCACAAUGUGAAACAGUGCUUCAAAUCAAAGAAACCUUUCAUAAGCAGAAAGGAAGAGGUAAUGGCGAUAAAAAACAAAUUCCCCACCAAAAUACCCCUAAUAGUAGAAAGAUAUCACAAAGAAAGAAAUCUACCAACGUUGGAUAAAUCAAAGUUCUUAGUUCCUGAAGAUAUCACCAUGUCACAGUUUCUAGUUAUAAUACGAAAUAGGAUACGAAUCAAACCAAACCAAGCCUUAUAUCUGAUAAUAAACAACAAAUCAAUGCUGAGUAUGAGCCUGACAAUGGCACAGGCGUACGACAACUAUGGUGAUGAGGAUGGGUUCCUGUACAUCACUUACGCGUCACAAGAAGUCUUUGGAUAUAAAGAUGAAAUGAAUAUCAAGCAGUCUAACCAAGAGGUUCAGGCCAUCAGACAUAGGUUUCCAAAUAAAGUGCCCCUAUACGUGGAGCGAUACUCGAGAGAACGAGAGGUGCCCGCUUUAGGCAGAAACAAAUUCCUAGUGCCACAAGAGCUCACAAUGUCCCAGUUCCUUUACAUAAUACGGACAAAGAUAAAAUUAAGAGAAUCACAGGCGUUGUAUUUGCUGGUGAACGACAAAGUGCUCGCAAGUCACAGUAUGACGAUGGCGCAGGCGUACGAGCAGUUUCGAGCACACGACGGCUACUUACACAUCACGUACGCCGCACAGCAAGUUUUCGGAUGAACCAUGUACAUAAAUAAAAAUUGGAGUAAACAAAUGUUCCUGUUCCUGGUGUCUUCUAAGAUAAAGACUGAUAGUAUUCUAUGUUUCCUAUUGUGAUAGUUCACGUUUAAUGUAAUCUAAGUCACAUAAUUAUUGUAUGGCGUCGAAAGGACUGCGUAAGGGCUUGUAUGGAAGUUUUGAUUGAAUGUAGGUAACUUUAUUUACUCAAUAAAUUAAUUAUGAAAAAAGUGCAAUUAUUUGUCGUUGCUAUUGUCAAAAUGAUCUCGAAAAACCAUCUUGUAAAUGUUCUAUUGUAACUCGUGUUUCGUCUCGCCGUGCUAUUUUAGUUUUGCGAGAGAUUUCGUAUUAACUAUAUUUGCCUAGUUUGUAUGUAGCAACAAAGAUCUGAAUAAAACUAUUUUAAAAUAUUCGCCGUUGAUGUAUCCGUAUAUUUUACAGUCUAAUAUAUUUUAUUA